AUGGCCCUGACAAAAGAUUUCCCAGAUUACCCUCCGACGGCCGAUAUCAAGGCGCAAAUCUACGAAACGCUCCCCGAUGGCUUUCCGCAUUGCAAUUGGGAGAGUGUGGACGCAACUGAGGUGGCAUCGAAGGUCGUUUCUGUGCUUUCAGAGGAACUUUUGAACAGGAAUCUGUUGUCGGUGGCCACUCUAUUUGCGGACAAUGCCUCUGAAGGUCGUUCUUCGUAUUGGAAGGAUACACUAUCUUUGACAGCGCAUAUGAGAACUUUCAAGGGAAACAAAGCGAUUGCUGCUGCCCUCACCGAGCUAUGCCAACUGCGCGAAGUUGGUCCUUUGCAGUUCGGGGCGGCUCAGGUGGUAAAAGCUUCGGAUGGCUUGUCAUGGGUUGACGGCAGCUUUCACUUUACAACCAAUUCUCCAAGAACCCAUUGCCGAGGGAAGUUCAUGUUAAUUCCUGAAGGCGCCGACACACUUGAUUAUCAAAGCUGGAAAAUCUGGUCCAUGAGCACAUGGCUAUCCGGCUUUGAUGAUCAUCCAGAGGACGAAAGCCUCUUGAGGCAGCCGUCUACUCCAUUAUCCGAGGAAGCGAACAUCACGACGGAUGUGCUAAUUAUCGGAGGCGGAAACGCAGGCAUACUCCUGGCGGGCCGACUCAAGGCGAUGAACGUCGAUUAUGUUGUGGUUGACCGCAACAAGAAAGUGGGAGACAACUGGGCUUUGCGAUAUGAUUGCAUGCGUUUCCACACGUACAAAUCAUUCUGCGAAACCCCAUACAUAUCGUAUCCUGAAAAAGCCGGCCCAGGGUUGACACGGGACGAGCUUGCCAACCAACUUCACGCUUUUGCCGAAGAGUUUGACCUAGAUCGCCGAGUGCUACACCAAUCGAGAGUCAUCGCAACCACACAAGAAGCGGGCAGUAAUCUAUGGAAAGCAAAAAUCUACGACGGCAACAGCGGACGAGAAAGAAGCAUAACUUGCAAAUGUUUGAUACUUGCAACUGGGGCUGGAUUCUCUGGGAUAAAUCUACCGGAUCUACCCGGAAGAGAGCUAUUUAAGGGUCCCAGCAUUCACUCAUCGGAGUUCCGAAAUGGAGGACUGCUGGUUGAUGGUGGUGCCAAGUCCGUUGUUGUGGUUGGUUCUGCCAAUACCGCGUUCGACGUGAUGGUGGAUUGUUAUGACGCAGGCCUUCAGACCACCAUGCUUCAGCGAUCCCCAACAUACGUAAUCCCAAUGCCCUACCUGGGCCAUCCCGCGGGCCUCGGUAGUUACGAUUUCCUUCCAACGGAAGAUUGUGAUGCAAUGGUUUCUGGAAGUCCUCUAGCUGUUGGAGGCCCUCUUUUGACCUUAUGCCAUAUGUUGCAAGCACUUGAAGAACCGAAUCGGUAUGACGAGGUAAGAAGGGCCGGCCUAAGGGUUGAAGAUUCCUUGACCGGCGACCUCUUGGUCAAUCUUAUCAACCGCUGUGGUGGCCACUUCGUCGAUAUGGGCAAGGGUAUAGAGCUCAUUACCACACGCAAGGUCGGCAUCCGUUCCGGACUUGUACCUACAGCUUACACGGCUGAUGGAUUGAUACUGAGCGAUGGGAGCGAGGUGAAGACUGACGCAGUCGUUUGGUGUACCGGAUUCGGUAAUCUGGAUGUUCGACACAGUCUUCCCAGCAUUCUCGGGGAAGGCACAGAGGCGUUUGCAAGCAAGAUGGAGGGCACUUGGGGAGUUGAUGCAGAAGGAGAGAUCCGCGGGCUGUGGAAGCGUCAACCAAAUGUAGAAAACCUCUGGGUUUUUGCAGGUGGCACUGCACAACACAGAUGGUUUUCGAAGGUGAUUGCUCAGCAAAUCAAAGGGACGCUUGUUGGCAUCCUGCCGGAGGCAUAUCGAAAAACGCCUGAUGUUUCUAAUUGGGGAUACAAAGAUUUGAACGGAGGGGCCCUGCUUUCAAAUCUUUAA